AUGCCGGAGUGUCCAGAGUUUUCGUUCACGAUCCCGAUCAUACGAUACACCAUGGAGGAGGAAUCCACGGAGAGACAGCAGCCGGUGAAGAAGAUGUCGCUGCUUACGCCUGUCAAGAUAGAGACCCCGGAUUCGGGGAGGCGGGCUUCUGAACCGAACAGAUACUAUAUACCACCACAGUGCAACAACCGGCUGUCACCAAGGACAGCUAGAAGACGGGAGUCCAGACGGAAUUCCAAAGUGGACCACGAGGUGAAAGAAUAUGGUCCGAAGCCGUGCAAUUGCGAGGAUUGCAGAGCGUCCAGUCCCCUGCCACCAGGGUACGGACCGCCGACGAUGUCCCCUGGCUACGACCAGAUGAAGAGCGCACUGUUGGAGGUGCCGUGGAAUGAUGACUUUACAGAGGCGUCUAGUGAUGAUCUUAGUUCUGAGUGGGAUUCGGACGUGCCUGAACCGCCGCCUGUGCAGCCAAAGCAGUCAGAAAGAUGGCGUAAGCUUCGUAACAUAGUUCAAUGGACGCCGUUCUUCCAAACGUACAAAAAGCAGCGGUAUCCUUGGAUACAGUUAGCUGGUCAUCAGGGCAACUUCAAAGCUGGCCCUGAUCAAGGCACGAUACUUAAGAAACUCAGUCCACAAGAGGAGAGAUGCUUUCAGUUGCUGAUGAAAGACAUUCUCCGACCUUACGUACCUGAAUAUAAGGGGCAAGUCACCUGCGAUGAUGGAGAACUAUAUUUACAACUACAAGAUCUGCUGAGUGACUUCGACUGUCCCUGUGUCAUGGACUGCAAGAUAGGAGUGAGGACUUAUUUAGAAGAAGAACUGGCGAAGGCUAAAGAGAAGACGAAGUUAAGAAAGGAUAUGUACGAGAAAAUGAUCCAGAUAGAUCCUUCAGCACCGACUGAAGAAGAGCACAGAAGUAAAGGGGUCACAAAACCAAGGUACAUGAUAUGGCGGGAGACAAUAAGCUCAACAGCCACGUUGGGGUUCAGAAUAGAUGGUGUUAAGAAAGCUGAUGGCACCAGCUCCAAAGACUUUAAGACCACAAAAACUAGAGAGCAGAUCGUUGAGGCUUUCAAGGACUUCACUAGUAGUUUUGCUAGUGCUGUGCCGAAAUACUUAGACAGACUAAAGAGCAUCCGAGCCACACUCCUGGAUUCACCAUUCUUCAGAAGUCACGAACUGAUCGGCAGUUCGCUUCUCUUCGUCCACGAUAAGAGAGGUGCUUCCAUCUGGAUGAUUGACUUUGCCAAAACUGUUCCUGUACCCGACGACAUCAGCAUAGACCACAACUCCGCCUGGAAGGUCGGCAACCACGAAGAUGGCUACCUCAUCGGCCUCGAUAACCUCAUCUCCAUCUUCGAGUCCCUCAUCAAAGACGACAACGGCAACAUAGAUCAGACGUACGCAGAUCUGAAUCUAGACAAAAACGUGCGGAGAGAUACACUAGCUACCUGA